GUGAUAAUGAUUAACUGUUUCGGUUCGCUGAGUGUCCCCACUCUGGGGGAAAUGGAACAAAUUAUUUGCAUGCUGGAGAGGGGUACAAUUGUUACCAAACUAUACAGCAAGCAGCGAAAACCCGAACAGCGUAGAUUGAUGUUGAUAAGAGAAACACGGCAACUUCUCUGGUCGCAAGUAACGGCUAACACCCGCAUCGAUUAUGAAGGCUCAUUGGAGUUGCGGGAAAUCAAGGAGAUUCGGGUGGGUAAGAAUUCGAAAGAGUUUCGUAACUGCCCGGAUGAGGCCAAACGCUUUGAGGCCGGUAAAUGUUUUGUCGUUCUGCAUGGCAGCUCAUUCAAACUUAAAACAUUCUCGGUCGUUGCCCUUUCGGAACACGAAGCUGAAAAUUGGGUGAAGGGACUGCGGUAUAUGGUGCAGGACACUAUAAAUGCUUCGUAUCCAUUGCAAGUAGAACGUUGGCUACGGCGCGAAUAUUACGCCAUAGAGAAUUCGAGCACACAGUCGUCAUCGAAAGAUGGUGGCCAAGUGACCGUUAAAGACUUUAAGGCAUUCCUCGGCAGUAUUAGUUGCAAAAUGACCACAUCGAAGUUAAUGGACUGUUUUACGGAGGAGGAUGUUCGGCGGAAAAACGAUCUGCGAUUCGAUGAUUUCGCACGCCUCUAUCGGAAGCUGUUACAGCCCGCCGGAUUUCUUGAAGAUGUCUUUCAUAGUUUGCCUGGCGGAGAAUUUGCCUUCUCUAAGGAUAGACAAAACGUGACUUUGAGAGAAUUCGAACAUUUCCUGUUGACGGAGCAGCGGGAAGCGAUAGGCAGGGAUAGUGUGGCAGUUUCCAAUUUUAUACGUGAAUUCUUGCAAGACAUAGAACGAGAAGUUCACGACCCUUACUUUACAAUUAGUGAAUUUGUCGACUAUCUCUUUUCGAAGCACAAUGAUUUGUGGGAUAACGACUGUGAUCGUGUCUAUAUGGACAUGAAGCAGCCAUUAUCAAAUUACUGGAUUGCCUCGUCGCACAACACUUAUCUUACGGGUGAUCAGUUUUCUUCGGAGUCGUCAUGUGAAGCCUACGCUAGGGCUUUACGAAUGGGCUGUCGUUGCAUUGAGUUGGAUUGCUGGAAUGGUCCGGACAAUUUGCCGCAUAUUUUCCAUGGCCACACCAUGACAUCCAAGAUUAAAUUUAAAGAUGUCAUCAAAACCAUAAAGGAACAUGCCUUUGUCACAUCCGAGUUUCCAGUAAUCCUGUCAAUUGAACAGAAUUGUUCGUUGGAGCAACAACGUAAUAUGGCACAUGCACUAUGCGAAGUGUUUGGUGAUAUGUUAUUGACACAACGCAUCGAUCGCUCGGAAACCCAAUUGCCAUCGCCAUACCAGCUCAGGAGAAAAAUCAUUUUGAAACAUAAAAAAUUACCCGAAUUCGAAGACACUUCGGCAACAUCUUUGACUUCGAAUAGUUCAUCGAAUUCAUCAAAUAUGUUGACAUCUUCGGGAAGUAGAGGUUCAAUUUCUGGCCCGGAUGAUCAGGGUGAUGGUGUAAGAAAUGUCCUAAAAGAAGGUCUUUUGUACUUUAAAGAUCCGGUUGAUAAAAUUUGGAAUCAUUAUCACUUCGUUUUGACUCAGCAAGAGCUAAUAUAUUCGUCGCAAACGGAAGAUACUAAUUCGGCGGGAGGUGAUGAUGAUGACAAUGUUGUUGCUGUGUCUUCCACAAACACAUUAAUGCCAAAGGCCAAAGAUAAUUUAAUGAAUGAUGAGUUGCAUUUCGGUGAAAAUUGGUUUCACGGCAAACUUGAGGGUGGACGCAGUGAAGCAGAUCAACUGUUGGAAGCCUAUAAGCAUCUGGGCGAUGGUACUUUCUUGGUUCGCGAAUCGGCAACAUUUGUCGGUGACUACAGUCUAUCGUUUUGGAGGCGUGGUCCAAACCAUUGUCGCAUUAAACUUAAACACGAAAAUGGCACUACUAAAUAUUAUCUAGUAGAUAACUUUGUCUUCGAUUCGUUGUACUCUCUGAUCGUAUACUAUCGCAAGAAUAUGUUGCGCAGUGCAGAAUUUUCCAUAACCCUUAAAGAGCCGGUGCCGCAACCUAAGAAACACGAAUCGCAAGAAUGGUUCCAUCCGCACACCACCAAGGAACAGGCGGAGCAGGUUUUAAUAAAACUAGAAGUGGGUUCAUUUUUAGUGAGGCCUUCGGUACAAAGUGCCAACGCUUUUGUAAUAUCAUUCACCAUUAAUCGAAAAAUAAAGCAUUGUCGGAUAAUGCAAGAAGGCCGUUUGUUUGUGGUGGACACCAAUCAAUUUGAAUCGUUGGUAUCAUUGGUGAAACACUACAUGCGCAAUCCAUUGUAUCGUAAUGUAAAGCUAGUCUAUCCCGUAUCACAAGAGCUCCUGAAGCAAAAGCUUUUGGCCUGUCAAGCCUCCUUGGAUCAUCAUGGCAAUGGCGACUUUCAUGAUGCCUCAAGUUACAUGGAUGCUUCUAGUCUUGAAGACACCGUCACCUGCAAAGCUCUAUAUAGCUAUAAGGCCGACAAAGCAGAUGAAUUAUCAUUUCCUAAACACGCCAUCAUUACAAACGUCCAACGCAAUAGCUCAAUGUGGUGGAAGGGCGAUUAUGGUGGCCUAAAGCAACGUCAUUUCCCGGCAAACUACGUCAAGGUUAUUGAUUCGAGCUCUGACGAUUACAAUACAUUCAAUGAUGAACUGAACAAUGAACAGUUUUCACGCACCGAUUCCAUUGAAAUUCACGGCGCCGUGGCUUCGUUGUUCGAAUCAAAUGAACCUGGCAUUCUGCUGAAGCUUCAAAUACAAACACCAACAAUGCAAAACUCAUUUGUGAUUGGCUUUGAUAAUCAGGAACAGGCUUACGACUGGUUCAAAGCCAUUCAGGAGGCAGCUCUUAUUGCCAAUCAGUUGGCAUCGGAGAGAAGAAAAAAGGAACGCUCGGCUCGUGUGGCCAAGGAAAUGUCCGACUUGAUUAUUUACUUUCGCAGUGUACCGUUCCGUGAACAUUCAUGGGUAUUCUAUGAAAUGUCCAGUUUUCCCGAAACAAAGGCGGAAAAACAAUUUGUACAACAAAAUACAUUGCUCUUCGUGGCCUAUCAUCGCCAUCAGAUUAGUCGGGUCUAUCCGAAGGGUCAACGUUUAGACUCGUCCAAUUUUAAUCCGGUGCCUUUCUGGAAUGUUGGCUCCCAAAUGAUUGCACUAAACUAUCAGACUGGAGACAAGGCAAUGCAAUUGAAUCAGGCUAAAUUUCGCGACAAUGGCAUGUGUGGAUAUCUAUUGAAACCAAAGUUUAUGCAGUUGGAAGGAUUCGAUCCAAAUAAUCCGUUGACCAUUAGUCCACUGGAAGAGAAACUAGUCACAAUUCGUAUUAUUGCAGCCAGACAUCUGUUUCGGGCGGGCAAGUGCAGCAAUCCCUUGGUUGUUGUAGAAAUUGCUGGAGCCAGCUACGAUACGGGUGUUAAACAUCGCACAAAGUUAUGUGAAAAUGGUUUCAAUCCUGUUUGGAACGAGAUGUGUGAAUUUUCAGUUAAAAAUCCACACUUUGCCUUGUUGCGUUUUGAGGUUCAGGAUGAGGACAUGUUUGCCGAGACACAUUUCAUUGCGCAGGCUUGUUACCCCCUUAAUUGUAUUAGAACUGGUUAUCGAAGUGUUACUUUACGCAAUAAAUUCAGUGAAGAAUUGGAAUUGGCUUCGCUGCUAAUACAUGUCGAUAUAAAACAAGCAACGGCAACAGAAACGCAUGCUGUCAUUGGAUUCUAA